ACCCUGAGACAUACCGAUUUCCGAUUCUUAAACUCGGACUGUCAUUCAAAAUGUUCAAUGACAAACAUGUUAUUUAACUUGAUUUUAACAAAAAAUAUUUCUAAAAUAUGCACAAGUACAUUAUGUCGUUUAUAUCCCCUAAUAACAAGAAGCGCAACAACCACCAGCAAUGCCGAAACAGUGGACUUGGCUUAUUCAUCUUACGAAUAUACUGAUAAUACUUCAGCGAUGCCUCCGCUAGUUAUAUUACAUGGACUUUUGGGUUCGAAAAAUAACUGGAACAGUAUGAGCAAAGCCAUUCAUAAGAAAACUGGUAGAAAGGUCAUUAGUAUUGAUGCUAGAAACCACGGCGACAGUAAACAUUCACCUCAACACACUUACCUUCAUAUGGCGCAUGACGUAAUGAAGCUGCUCAAAAAGCUGGAAAUAUCAAAAGUCUCCGUAAUGGGACACAGUAUGGGCGGGCGCACUGCCAUGGUGUUGUCACUACUCUGUUCUGAUUUGGUAUCGAGCCUGAUUGUUGUAGAUAUAUCUCCUGUUAAGACAAGCCCACAGAUAUUUUCAAUGAUAAAUCUCUUUGAUGCCAUGGUCGCUGUGUCUAUUAGAUCAGGGAUUGCCAUGUCCAAGGCAAGGAAGCUUGCUGAUGACCAACUGAAAGCAAUAAUCCCAGAUGUCAAUCUACGAAACUUUUUAAUCACAAACUUAGUACAAACUAACAAUGGCUCCUACACUUGGAGAGUUAAUAUACCUUCUUUGAAAGACAAUUUUCAGCAAAACAUUGCAACCUUUCCAGCCAGCUUAAAAGGUUUGCAAUAUGCCGGCCCUACUCUCUUUAUUGGAGGAUCUCUAUCUGAUUAUAUUGGUAAAAAUGACCUGCCAGAGAUUCAGGAGUACUUUCCACUAGCAGACCUCACAUUCAUUGAAGGUGCCGGACAUUGGGUACACAGUCAAAAACCUGAGAAAUUCCUUGAAAUUGUGUGUAAAUUCCUUUCAGAAAAAUAAUAUUGGCAUAAAUUUACAUAAUUUAUUAACUUUAAUU